UCUCCAAACUGCGCCAGGGUUCCGCUUCGGCCACGGUGAAUGUGGGUUAGCAAUAAUAUAGUACGACCUCCAGACAGCAUAGAGUCAUUUGUGUUAACAGGAAGCACCUCAUCAAUACAACAUACAGCUGAAGGUGACAAAAUGGAGUACACCCUCCAUACAGCAGCACACAGACGUGGGUAAUAACAGGAAGCACUUCCCCAAUACAGCAUACAGCUGUAUGUCAUAACAGGAAGCACGUCCUCCUUACAGCAUGCAGACGUGAGUAAUAACAGGAAGCACAUCCCCCAUACAUCAUACAGCUGUUGGUGAUAACAGGAAGCACGCCCUCUAUACAGCAUACAGCUAUUGAUGAUUACAGGAAGCAGGUCCUCCAUACAUCAUACAGCUAUUGAUGAUAACAGGAAGCACGUCCUCCAUACAACAUAAGCUGUUGGUGAUAACAGGAAGCACGUCCUCUAUACAGCAUACAGCUGUUGAUGAUACAAGAAAACAUGUCCUCAAUACAGCACACAGCUGUCUGUGAUAACAGGAAGUACGUCCUCUUUACAGCAUACAGCUGUUGAUGAUACAAGGAAACAUGUCCUCAAUACAGCACACAGCUGUCGGUGACAACAGGAAGUACGUCCUCUAUACAGCAUACAGCUGUUAGUGAUACAAGGAUGCAUGCCCUUAAUACAGCAUACAGCUGCUGUUGAUAACACGAAGCACGUCCUCUAUACAGCAUACAGCUGUUGGUGAUAAAGGAUGCAUGUCCUCAAUACAGCAUACAUCCGUGGGUAAUAACAGGAAGAACGUCCUCCAUAUAGCCUACAGCUGUUGUUGAUAACAGGAAGCACGUCCUCCAUAUAGCAUACGGCUGUUGUUGAUAACAGGAGGCACGUCAUCCUUAUAGCCUACAGCUUUUGUUGAUAACAGAAAGCACGUCCUCCCUACAGCAUACAUCUGUUGUUGACAACAUGUAGCAUGUCCUUCAUACAGCAUACAGCCGUGGGUGAUAACAUAAAGCAUGUCCUUCAUACAGCAUACAGCCGUGGGUGAUAACAGGAAGCACGUCCUCCUUACAACAUACAACUGUACGUGAUAACAGGAAGCACAUUCCCCAUACAGCAAAUAACCUCGUGUGACACUUAGUGCACCCUUCAUGGAUUUUACAGACUCACGUGACAAGAUGCAGUGCGUCCUCCACAUGCUUUACAGAUGUAUGUGACAACCAGUAAGUCUAACAUAUGUGACUCUACUGUACGUGACUCUACAGUACAUUCUAAACGUUGGUGUUACUGUAAGUGACAAAUGGAAGACAGAAUGAACACAUACGAGGUAGACGAAGCAGAAUCAGACCAAGAGGAGUCAUUUCGCCUGAAUGUGUUAAACAAGGUGAAGUCCGGGCUUGGCGUGGUCGUCAGAGAGGGCGAAGUCCGGAUUACAGUGGACAACGUCCUUCCUGUACUCAACAUCCUCGGAAUCAAACACACCGACGACAGGGUGCUCGACAUGACCACACAGGCUCUCGCCCAAUCGCAGGGGGAAAUACGACAGCAUGACUUCUACAAAUGUGUAACACAGAUAUUUCAACUUUCUGAAGAAUACCAUGAGGAGAUAAUACGGAAGGCCUUUUCGGUCGUCGAUGUUGCUGGAGAUGGUUUUAUUACUGGCGCUGACAUCUACAGACUAAUGUUGUCGUUAGGGGAAGUAAUAAGUGAUGACGAAAUUAUGUAUAUGCUCAAAGCAGUUGACAGCGACGGUGACGACAGGAUAAGUUUCGAAGAUUUUCGAGGAUUCCUAACACGCGGAGACGACACUGUGAAUACCAGUCUCGACAAAGACAUAACAGAUUCAAAUAUAAUCCCUGAGAAAUGCAACAAUAUUCCAUUUCAUGCAAAGAGGAAAAGUCUACUGAGCUACCGAAAAUUACAAGCUGCGAUAGCUUUCUUGAUCAAACACGAAGACGCAACCAAGCCGAGCAAGGAUACACCUGUUAAAAGACAAGAUACAGGUACGAGACAGUGUUCAACCAAUUUUAAAUUCCAAUACCCAUCACCACCUGUCACCUCCGGGCAAAGUCCAGAAAGGAAAAGACUGUCAAUAGCUGAGCUUCUUUGGGUCUCUCCAGAAACUCAAAGUCUCGUCAUUCCAAAAGCACCAAGGUGCAAUACACAACCGAAUCCUAUCGCGCUUAUGAAGAAAGAAGAAAAAGGCCGAACACAACUGCCUUCUCAUUACAACACGCAUGCGUUUUACGGACGAAAAUCAAGUAUUUACUCCACGAUGAAAGAUGACAGCCCCCCCAAGGUGACAUAUGACACACUGACACGUGUACGUAAACCAUCACGUGAUUUGGAACAGGAGCCGCUGUUUGUCAGGGGUCGAUGUUCUUCUAUUGUAAAUGACACACUGACACGUGUACGUAAACCAUCACGUGAUUUGGAACAAGAGCCGCUGUUUGUCAGGGGUCGAUGUUCCUCCAUUGUAAAUGCAACCUCUCACCUGAAGGUUGACCUCAGCAAUGUAGAGAGGUCAAACACGGAUAACCAGGAACCAAAGAGGUACACUAGCACGAGAAAACAGGAACACCGGAUGAACCAAGAUGCUGAUGCAACUGCAGAAGCACACUUCUCAUCUUCGCGUUUGAUGGGGACAAAAUGCUUGAACAUGUACGUCUCCCAAAAUGAAAAUGAUAUCAAAUCACAUGAUUUAAAGAGAUGUGUUGAUAUGAUGCCUGAGAGUUAUAAUGAUCAAAUGCAGCUUACUGCAAACAACCACAGAAUGGUUCCGUUUGGUCGCAGCAAACACCAGCAAUUAUUUCUAUACGGUAAAAGUACAAACAUGGCUGAUGUUACGACACCUUCCCUUAAUGUAAGUCAUCGGAGGAAAACACGGACAACUGAAUUCAAAAAUUGCAACUUGAUAAAUUAUACUGUAUCACAAGGUUUGUUCCCGUGUUCGUAUGACUCCUUAUCUAGACGUUUAGAGAGACAGCCACCUCUAACCCCACAGCAUCGUGAACGUGAACAACGUGUGAAGAAAGCUUCGUUUCAGGUGCUUGAGCUUCCAGCAGAGAAGACAUAUAAGCCAAGGUAUAAAAAUCCCUCCCUUCUCAGCCAGCUCCCUGUGUGUAGUCACAGGAAGAGAAACUUGCCAGUGUUCCUGGGAUAGAUGUAGAUGUACCACCAGCAAUAUUCUGGAGUGUAUUGUGUCGUUAAGUUUGUGUAACCUUAUUGUUGAAUUGUUUGAUAGGCAUGACUUGGAAGGUGACGGAUGACAAAGUAGACACAAUUUAUGGAUAACAACUUCUUCAAUUACUGUAAAGGUGACGUUUCGGUAUAGAUCCUUAUGCCCAUGUCAAGUAGGAUGUAAAUUAAACAGUGAUUAAAGAAGUUGUUAUCCAUAAAUUGUGUCUUCUUUGUCAACCUUAUUGAUGUUUGUGAUGAAUUCCAUUGAAAUCUUGUUUCCAAAACAUUAUGCAAUGUGUAUAUUUCAAGCACAUAUAUCAACAUACUGGACAUGUCAUAAUUGCAGCGUCCAUUUUAAUGAAAAAGAGUUGUAAAGAAAAUACGUAAAUCCUGUUCAGUCAUAACAGAAAUUGCCUGCUAAACUUGGAUAUGCAACUGUCAUUUUUAAAUGAGGUAUGUGCUGAG